AUGAAGCGCUCCAUACGUACACUCGAACAGCUGCAAGUACGCUUGACAAGUGACGCGGAGGCCACCGGCGGCAGCGGCGGCAGCAGCAGCACUAGGGCCACCGCUGCGCAGCUCCGUGCCGCCGAGGCAGCCAAGCAGAAGCGGUUGGCAGCGAUGACCCCAUACAAGCAGGCCGAAUACCGCUGCGUCGAAUGCGUUGCCGAGCUGCGGCAGGCGUUGCACGAUGUUGAGGAGUUUGAGGCUGCGCUGGGGCGUCGAACCAGCGCCGGUGUCGGCCGAUCGAGAGAAGAGGAAGAUGCAGGAGACACCGUGGACGCGGACGAUGCCGAGAGCGCGAGGCUGCUUCGCCGGCGUGACGGGCGUCAAGGGCUGUCGAGCUCCACCGAAACCGCUCUGCUAGAGCAGGAGCUUGCUCGUAGCCGGCAGGAGGCAAGGCGUGCGCAUCAGCGCCUUCAGCAGCUGCAGCGUGAGGCCGCGCGACUCGCCUCCAGGGCGCCUGCCAAGGCACCCAAUGUGACGUCCUCCGCUGCCGUAGCAUCUGUCGGCGACGCCUCCGCUCCUUCAGCAGCACUGGAGGCGCUUGAGUGGCAACGAGCACUGCAGCACGUCGAGCGGGCAAAGCGGUGGUACUGUGACGUGUUUGGGAUAAGGGUCGUGUCGUCUCUGGACGAUCCGGUGCUGCAGCUGAACAGACCCGCACAGCCGCAGCAGUCGGCCGGCAGCAUGGCGCACUUCGGCAGAGGUGCCAAUGCCGUCCCGUCAUCCGUGACCGCUGCCGCUGGCUGGGCGAGCGCACAGGAAGGCAGCGCGGCGUGCGCAGACGGCGCCGGUGCCGCCGCGUCGACUGUAUCGCCGACGUUGAUGCUCCAAAGUUCCCGCGAGGAUGCGGAGUUUCGCGAGUUCUUUGCCUCGGUGCAGGCCAACGACGGGCUUAUCGACGCGGCCAUGGAUCGCAUCAGCGAGGGCGUUUACCGACUCCUGGAGAACGCGCGUGGCAUGCAGGACGAGUUGGCGGUGCAGGAGGCGCUGCUGCAGCAGACCGAGGUGUCUGUUGAGGCGACCGAGGCUCAGCUCACGCAAAUGAAUCGCCGCCUCCGCCGCGCCAUCCGAGAGAUGGACGAUUCGUCGAUGUGCACAUAUGUCGUGUGUAUGCUCGUGCUGCUACUCGUCCUAGGGCUGCUGUUGCGCGUUGCGAGCUGA